CCGGGUCCGGGUCCGCCCGGCGGCUCAAGCCGCUGACCCCGCGCGCCCUGGGGCUGGGGCCAGAGCACGGCAUCGUCUGGUCCGGGCCCGCCCAGGGAUGGGCCUGAUCUUCGCCAAGCUGUGGAGCUUCUUCUGCAACCAGGAACACAAAGUAAUAAUCGUGGGACUUGACAAUGCUGGAAAGACUACCAUUCUUUACCAGUUCUUAAUGAAUGAAGUGGUCCAUACCUCUCCAACAAUAGGAAGCAAUGUUGAAGAAAUAGUAGUAAAAAACACCCAUUUUCUAAUGUGGGACAUUGGAGGGCAAGAGUCAUUACGCUCAUCAUGGAAUACUUAUUACUCAAAUACAGAGUUCAUCAUUCUUGUUAUUGACAGCAUUGACAGAGAGCGGCUUUCUAUCACAAAAGAAGAACUUUACAGAAUGCUGGCCCAUGAGGAUUUGCGAAAGGCUUCAGUUCUUAUCUUUGCAAAUAAACAAGACAUGAAAGGUUGUAUGACAGCAGCUGAAAUAUCUAAAUACCUCACCCUUAGCUCCAUAAAGGAUCAUCCAUGGCAUAUACAGUCCUGCUGUGCUCUUACAGGAGAAGGGUUAUGUCAGGGUCUGGAAUGGAUGACCUCCCGUAUUGGAGUCAGAUAACUUUUUUUGACAAAAGACUGCUUUAUUUAUUUUGUGAACAUGUACAUUUUUCUGGUACUUUUAGCUGGGAAGGCAGCAACCAGGUUUAAUUUAUAAAGGAAAUCUCCAAGCAGCACUUGAAUCAAGUGCAGCUGAACUGAAACACAAAGUAUUUUCUUAAUAUUUUUAAAUGUGCUAAUUCACAACUGGAUGAACACGUGAAUCUGCAUUUCAGUAUCAAAAUUCUUCUGAUUGUUAUUUUUCAAUGAUCAACUUUUAAAUCAGUUUUGCCAUUGAUAAUGUUUCAUACUUGCCCUUUGUAAUGAUGUAAACAAUUCUUGUAACUUACUAACAGGCUCAAAGGUGGUUUAUCAGUGUAAAAAUUAGUGAGUAGAUGGGUCUUAUCCUAGCAUACUUUUUAAUGAUCUCAAAUGAUAGUCCAAUUGAUGAUGGUGAUAAGACCAUCUCAGAACAUAGUGCAGGAUGUAGGAAUUUGAAGAGUGAAUACAGGCUCUGUAGCAUUGAAGGUUAUAUGGCUGAUUUAGGGAUAUUUUUUAUAUGUAUAAACUUAUUCC